AUGGCCAAACAGAAUGUCGUGUCCCAAAUUUACGGAGACUGGGAAGAUUCGUAUAAUGAGUUUCCACGAUGGGCUUUAGGCUUGCAGAUCAUUAUACCAGGUAGUGUAGUUGUGUUAAAGACGAGUCCUGCUCUAGUUGGUAGGCAAUUGGAUGACUCUACAGCUUAUUUCCAUCGCUUAUUUUGGACAUUCCCACACUGUGUUGAGGAAUUUCAACAUUGCAAGCCGUUGGUCAAUGUGGACGGUACCCACCUGUACGGCAAAUACGAUGGUACACUGCUUAUCGCGAUUGCAGAAGAUGGCAACUCCAACAUCAUCCCUAUUGCUUUUGCACUUGUGGAAGGUGAAAAUACAGAGUCGUGGUCAUUCUUUCUAUCUCACCUUCGGACUCAUGUGACGCCUCAACCGGGGAUACUUGUCAUAUCAGAUAGGCACAACGGGAUAAAGGCUGUGUUGGAGGCUCCUGAUGGGGGAUGGCUUCCGCCUACUGCAUAUAGGGCGUUCUGCAUCCGUCAUGUGGCGGCUAAUUUUGCCCUGACUUUCAAGGGGAAGGAUGCAAGGAGGCUAUUAGUGAAUGCUGCAUAUGCAAAGAAGGAGGUCGAGUUUCAAUACUGGUUUGACAUCCUUCGAAUGUUUGAUCCUGCGAUGCGCGACUGGGCUAAUCGAAUUGAGUAUGCACAUUGGACUCAGCAUUGGGAUGAAGGCCGCAGAUUUGGGCACAUGACUACAAAUAUAUCUGAGUGUGUGAAAUCGAUCCUAAAGGGUGUUAGGAACCUUCCGAUGUGUGCAUUGGUGAAAGCCACAUGGGAGGUUGGCCGAGUUGUUCGUUCGAAAGGGAAAAGAGGCCGAGGCACAGUUAGGGACAACUCAGAGUUUACGGUUGCUGAGACCACUCCGACAGGAAGCUUUUCACUUGGCUCAUACAGAGUAUCCCUCACGGACCAGACAUGUGAUUGUGGCUAUUUCCAAGCACUUCAUUAUCCAUGCCGGCAUGCGUUGGCAUGCUGUGCAUAUGCACGCCUGACGUGGUCCGCCUAUGUGCACGAGGUGUAUUGUCUUAGCUCCGUGUACGAUGUUUAUCGGAUGGGAUUCAUUCCUCCGAUUCCGGAGGAAUUCUGGCCGCCAUAUGAUGGUCCUACCGUCACCUCCACCUCUAUGACCACCUGA